CCGCGACGCCACCACCUUCCGGAAAUCUCCUGCCGCCUGUGGCCCGGCGGCGACCCUCGACCCCCCUCCCUCUCGUCGGCGGCCGCAGCGCUUGCUCUCCCUCUCUCCGCUGGCUCCUCCGCGACCUAGGGGAAGAAACAGCGGCGGCUCUCUAGAAAGCAACAACAACAAAGAGGACCUGCAGCGAGGGCCAGUAACGGCGAGAACCAGCAGCGCCGAGAGCUUCUGUCACAGGAGAUCCAGUGUGAGAAAUGUCGGUGUUCGAAACUGCAUACUACGUGCAGCUGCAGAGCCCAGUGCACAGAACAUACAUAAAUGCUGCUGAGGAUGGAAGGACUGUCCGCCUUGAUGCUCCCAAUACGUCUCAUAAUUCAGUAUGGGCUGUGGAGUGGGACCCCAAUUUCCACACCUUUCUUCUGCGCGGCGCUUAUGGCCGUUACCUUGGGGCCCCCCACAUGCUGUCCAGCAAAUUGCCUUGCCCCCGGGUUGCAGCCGCGCAACAUGAUUUUGAUAAGCCACAUAAGAAAGAAAUUACGUGGCGUGCCAUCCCGAAGAGGAAUGGCACUCUCGAGCUAAAGUCUAUGUCUGGGUCAUGUCUCUGUGCCGGCUGCUGUUUCUCCACAUCCUGCAGAUCAAGAGAGUGGAACGUGCAUGUUGUGCCACGGACUUGCAUCAGGCCGCCUCCACCGCCUCCCUGUGUUGACAAAUGGCCAAUCUCAUGCAAACGGGAGGUCCACUGGGUGCUGGCUGAGAGGUCCGGAGUAAUCAAAGAGGAUGACUGGGGAAAGUUUUUGUUUGUUGGCAGGGAUAGUUCCACAUUGAAGGAGCAAUUACAAGAGAAAACAGGGGAUUUCCCCAUGAGUAUUUUUGUCCGUGCUGGCUGUCAUGGUAGGCCUACCCCACUCUGCGUUCACUUGCCCCGCAGUCGGGAUCCACUUUACAUAGUUGGAUUCUGGAGUACAUCGGCUGCUGAUCAUCUUUUUUUCCCCGACAUUGCACCGGUUCAAAGGGAGUUGGCUGAAAGGGUGUCGGCUGUAUUAGGACCAUAGAGACAGCGUAGCAUUCAGUUCAUGAAUAGGAGGCCAAUGGUGAACAAGAAAAUGCCAAGCUUUCUUAGCGGUCAUUAAUUUUUUUGUCAAAUAGACCAGAUAAGUGGGUUCCAGGGUUACAGUAGAGCUGGUGGCACUGAAGUUUUUGUCUCAUUGGCAUUCUGUGUAGACGCGAUGACAACUUGGACAAGGUCAGCGGCAACCCAUCCGCUCCAAUCAACCACCCAACCCUCGGCACACCGGGGUUGCCUCCCUCUAAGCAUAUCUAAGCCCCUUCUUUCCAACUGAAACACACCACCUCGCAUGCCUUAUUUCUCCCCUCCCCUCCUUCGCACCCCUAAAGCCCCAGAUUGAUUUACUUUGUUUGUAAGGAAUCUUGGACAUGCCUGGGCUGGUUAGUUUCCCUUUUGGUAUGGUUUAUUGAAUUGUUCACUGAGCAAUCAAAUCAGAGUCCAGACCAUUCGGGGCCAAUAUUAUCUCUAAUUAUUGUGCAUGUGUCUAUUUGACUUUCGUAGUGCAUACUUAAAUUGAGAUUUUUAUUUGCCCAAGUAAUUGGUUCUAUUGCGGGAGGUUUUGUUGAGAGCCUAUGUAGGU